CAGCAACAAAAGCUUUUGUUACUUACACCAAAACAAACCUAGCCUCAUUUCAUCCCCGAUAAACAACGGAACCUUUCAAAAGUUUCUUAAAAAAGAACAUCAUCAAUACCCUAAGUACUUAUCACAAUCCUAUUAUUACCAAAAUGUCUGAAACCAAGAAAGAAACCAAGGAAGUUGUAAGCAUCGACGAAAUCAUGUCUAAAUUGUCCCUUGAGGACCAAACUAGUAUGAAGAAGUUGCUUUAUGGAAGCAACUAUGAACCUUUGGAACUUCCCGAAACUGUAAUGAACUUUGCAAAAAAAAUGCAAUUCGAAAUUGGAAGCUACAGGAUCAUAAGUACCCCUGAGCAAGUCCGUAAAGCGAGGGUUGUGAGGAUGGCUGCUCUGCAAACAAAACUUCCUCUCCCCACAACUGCCCCUGUAAUUGAAAUGCGGGCCGCAAUAUGGAAGCGAGCAGAAGAAGCCAUCGAACUUGCUGCCAAAGCUAAAGUUAACAUCUUCUGCCUCCAGGAACUAUGGACUAUGCCCUACUUCUUCUGUACUCGUGAAAAGCAACCCUGGUGCGAAUUUGCCGAGCCAGCUGAAAAUGGACCCACCACGAAGUUCCUUCAAGUGCUUGCCAGAAAGAAUAACAUGGUUAUUGUAUCUCCAAUUUUGGAAAGAGACGAGGUCCAUUCCGACGUAAUUUGGAACACUGCCGUUGUAAUUGACAAUCACGGGGACGUUUUGGGAAAACACCGUAAAAACCACAUCCCCAGAAAUGAAGACUUCAACGAAUCAACGUAUUACUUCGAGGGGAAUACCGGUCACGAAGUUUUUGAGACUGAAUUUGGAAAGAUCGCCAUCAACAUUUGUUAUGGUCGUCAUCACGUUCUUAAUUGGUUGAUGUAUGGACUAAAUGGUGCUGAAUUGGUCUUUAAUCCUUCAGUAGAAGCUGGAGACUUCAGUGAAGUUAUUUGGCCCAUUGAACCAAGAUGUGCUGCAGCUGCUAACAGUUACUUUACCUGUGCAAUAAACAGAGUUGGCACUGAAGUUUAUCCAAACGAGUUCACUUCUGGAGAUGGUAAACCAGCACAUAAGGAUUUCGGACAUUGCUAUGGAAGUACUUACCUAACUGCUCCAGAUGGAACUAGAACUCCGGCACUCUCCCGAGUUAAUGAGGGACUUCUCAUAACUGAAUUUGACCUCAACAUGUGUAGACAAGUGAAAGAUUUCUGGUGUUUCCAAAUGGAUAGACGACUUGAGAUGUAUGCCGAGCGUUUGACCAAAGCUACCAAAGUUGAUUACGUACCCCAAAUUGUCAGAAAAUAAACAAUGCAUCAAG